AUGAGAUUCUCAUUAAUACCCUCUUUGCUCGUGGCAGCGGCGGGCAUCGCGUCAGCCGCCUCAUCUUGGGGGUUUGAAGAUGCUACGGUGUCUGUCCAGGGCAAAGGUGCUGGUGUUGGGAGUGGCGUCAAGGAGAAACUCAGCGCGGAUGCUCCCCUGUCGACAGAUAUCCCACUCGGAGCUUCGGACACCCUGAAACUCAUCCUGACCACGACCGAUGGCAAGAAAGCUAAGCGGCCGCACCAGGCUUUCUUGACCCUUACGGAACAGAAGACGGGUCUUGAGGAGUCAUAUGCGUUUAGUGUCAAAGAAAGUGGUAAAGGCAAGGUGGAGCUGACGCACAAAGACCUCCCUUUCCAACUCCUGACUUCGUCUGCACCCUUGAAAGCCUCGCUCGUCAUCGCAUCCUUCGGCCCCUCAACCCCCUACAAGAGGGAAGUCUUCGACCUCACCAUUAAGCUCGACCCAAAUGUCCCUAUCUGGGUGCCCGACGAACCUGUCCGCUACGGCAAGCGUGAAGAGAUCCACCACAUCUUCCGCUCAAAUCCUACGAGUCCGCCAAAGAUCAUCACGUUGGUUUUCACCGCGGCCGUGGUAGCAGCUUUGCCAGCACUUUUCGGUGUCUGGCUUACACUCGGCGCGAACGUCAACCAUUUGCAGAAGGCGUUGGGUGCAGCGCCGGUGUCACAUGCACUCUUCUUUGGGUCGAUAGUGGCGCUUGAAGGCAUUUUCUUCAUGUACUAUACAAGGUGGAACCUUUUCCAGACGCUGCCGCCAGCGGUUGCUGUGGGCGUUGUGGCUUUCUUGAGCGGGAGUAGGGCAUUGUCGGAGGUGCAAGAGCGGAGGCUGGCGGGAUUGAGAUGA